AUGUCUAACGAUGACUUAGGAACCUGGCUAAAGGCAGCUGCUGAAAACAAAAUCACAACAAAGAAUACAUGGAAGUCAACCCUAAUUGACCACUUUACAAAUAUAGAUGAGUUUCGAGAAAAACAAGGGAUUAACUUUCAGAAGGCCAGCUUUACGUUGGAUGGGUGUGCCAAGGUUUAUUCGACGCGUGUAGACGACGUUUCUGAAAAUGCAAUGAGACUUCUGGAAGGAUUUGGGAGAGAAGAAGGGAAAAAGAGGCAAGCUAAAAAGAACAAAACAACAAUAGAAAAGAACAUUCUUAAUCUUAAUAUCAAAGUAAGUGCGUCGAGAAGGCUGGUUGAUCCGAAGUUUCUGUACUUGUCGUCGUUGGCUGAGAAUGCUUUAAUGAUCGAUGCAUUGGGAAUUUCGUCAGACGGAAUGUUUAGGAUGACGUCUUCUAGGGAUUGGGAGACUGUAGUUGUAGACGAUCUCAAACUAUCUGUAAACCUUCCUCAGGGACUGCAGAUUUCUCCUAGUAUAAACGAGGAUAAAGAGAUAAAGGAUAUUAUUAUCGACCCUAUAGUAGGCAAUGAUGACGAGUCCUCUGGGGGAUCGGGGGGUUUUGGGAUUGACAAUCAUCCUGACUUCUCCGAGUUUCCUCCUACUGCGGAUAACCAGAAUCUUGCUUACAAAGAGACUUCGUUUUCUUAUUUCAAGGGAUGGGCAGGGCCAAAUCACUGGAAAGUACAGGCAAAAAAAGGAAAGGGAGGAUCACAGAAACCCAAGGAAACUUCUUUUUUGGACUUUACAGAAAUAAUAGACCACGAGGGCAUACUUGAGGCAGGAAACACCCUCUUUGAGCCUUCUUUGAUAGUAGAGCGUAGAGAAAACCAUCAUGUACUACCUCAGGACUUUAGAUUGGAGGUGGAAGAUCUGUACAGAUAUCUAGUAAGAGAUGGGCUUUUUCAUAGGAAAGACCAAAGUCAUAUGGAUGAAAUCUCUUUUGAUUACUCUCCAGAUCCGUGCAUUGUGGAGGAACCUGAGGACGAGUUUAUAACUGAUGCUCCUUCUCAGGGAAACCAAAGAAGCACAGUCCCGCUUAGAAAGACAUCCAAGAAAAUCAACAUCAAAAAGCUGAAGGAUAAUGUAUUUGAUUUCGUUAGAGAGGGAAGCACCAGUUUGCUUUCCAUAUUUAAAAGUGUACCCAAGAUAUAUGAUAGCGAAGAGUCUAAAGAUAUUUCUAUGCAUCUUUGUUUUAUUUCUCUUCUUCAUCUUGCCAAUGAGAAGAAUAUUCAACUUAAAGACGUAGGAGAUGAUGUAAAGGUAUGGAUAUCACCAGAUUCAAGAACUUAG